AGUCUGAUGGCGCCCUUACACCACGAACCGCAGCACACGCCCCUACACCACGCGCCACCGUUGCAUCAUGAACCACUCGAGAAGCUAAAAAUUUGGGCAGAAACGGGUGAGUUUCGAGACAGCGGGCACUCGUCGCUUGCAUCUGGUGGUUCGGGCAUAGAGCAGACCUCGCUGUAUGCGCCACCACGGCAGCGGCGGGAUCGCAAACUCACCGAUGACAGUCGUCCGCUGACAUCAGAGCCGACAAUAAAGACGGAGUCAACAACCCCCGGCAUUGGUCCAGACGAGCCCAUAGACGAUAAAGGCGACAAGAAGAACAAGCGACAAAGGCGACAAAGGACCCAUUUCACCAGCCAGCAACUUCAAGAACUAGAGGCGACAUUCGCGAGAAAUCGAUACCCUGACAUGUCCACUCGGGAAGAGAUCGCGAUGUGGACGAAUUUGACUGAAGCGAGAGUUCGGGUCUGGUUUAAAAAUCGGAGAGCCAAGUGGCGGAAACGCGAGAGAAAUGCCAUGAACGCGGCCGCGGCCGCCGCCGCCGAUUUCAAGAACGGUUUCAGCACGCAGUUCAACGGUCUGAUGCAGCCCUUCCCCGACACUGACGCGCUGUACUCGUCGUACCCCUACAACAACUGGGCGGCGAAGGUCCCCAGCCCGCUGGGCACGAAGAGCUUCCCGUGGCCCGUGAACCCGCUGGGCCCGGUGGUACCGGCGAGCCACCACCAGGGCUCCGUGAACUGCUUCAACACGGCGACGUCGAUGGGCGCGGUGGGCGGCGGCGGCAUGGGUGGCGUGGGUGGUGGUGGCGUGGGCGGUGGCGUGGCGCCGUGCCCGUACUCCACGCCGCCCAACCCCUACAGCGUGUACCGCGCGGAGCCGUACCCCGCCAUGUCGUCGUCCAUCGCGUCGCUGCGGCUGAAGGCCAAGCAGCACUCGUCGUUCGGCGGCGGCUACGGCGCCGUGUCGCCGGUGUCGCGCGCGGGCUCGGCGCCGCUGUCGGCGUGCCAGUACGCGGCGGGCGGCGUGGCGGACCGCGUGCUCUGAGACGAGGCGCGCGGCCGCGAGCAGUCGCGCUCGCCCGCGCCGCCGCACGCCGCGCGCGUGUCCUAGUCGCCGCCCGCGCGCUCGCACGCGCACCCGCACGGCCUGUACCGCCACCUGUGGGAGUGGUUCGACUGAGAGCGCGACGGCGACCGGCGACCGCGACGCCGCUACACCUUCUAGGGUUACACUUGAAACUUCGGGCAAUAAAUACUAAACGAUUCGUUCUAGACGUUGUUUUGUAAAUAUGUAGUUAUGUAUGUAAGUAUACCAAAGCGAUGUGUGCAAUUUUUACAAGCUUAAAUGUAUGUAGAUUAUAUUAUAGUAGAUUAUUUUCGAUUGUGUAAUUAGAUCGCUGGAGAUCGUUGUAAAUAAAUAAAUUAGGCUAUUUAUUUGUACUUUUUCAUUAUUUUGAGGCAUUUAAUUAAUGAUAUCUACUUACUUAAGAUUUCAUUAUUUACAAAUUUAUUGCGUGGCUACUGGCUAUACCUACCUAGCUAUUGUUAUUUUAUCCACGCCUUGUUUUAUGAUAUCUUGUUUUAUAUAAAGCAGAAUAUAUUGGAAAACAAAAAUGAACGAUUGGCGAUAUAAGUAUUUAUAACCAAAGCAUUUAAAUACCUACAUGUAUUAUAUUUUAUUUUCCAAGUAUUGUCAUAUCAUAAAUAAUAAACUGUAUGUAUAUAGAAAACAGAAAUUAUAAUAAGUUUGUAUAAAAAUUGCCAAUCCAAAGGCGGAAUUAUUUCAAGUUAUUAAUGUUAAAUAUCAAUUUGUUGCAAAAUAUUUUUGUAAAUAUAACUACAGACCAAAGUUUUAGCCAAAAUAUACCAAUUUUUGUUUUGUAUUUUCAACAUUUAAACUAAAGUUUUCAUGCUACGACGUAGGCAAACGACGUCUUUUCCACUGUGUAAUAGAAAGACGGACGACUAAAGUCAAUAAUAAUAUUUACUAGUGAGUGUUAUUCUUGAUCUAACUGAGCGUGUUUCAAUGAACAUAUACUUACUUACCUUUUAUUAAUAAGGUGCUAAAUUGGAACGUCGAAUAGCAGAUUUUGUAAUUUUUACAUAAAUUGAAAGAUAGAAGUUUAAUCCAGUUAAAAUACACGAUGAAAUCAUUUUGGAUCUAUCGUAGAAACGCCGAUUGCAAUGUUUCGUUUGUAUUAUCAAAUCAAUGAUUAAUCUAAAAUUUAUUUUGAUUGAUUUUUUUGCUAAUUCCCUUAGAAAAAGUUCGAUUGCAUCGUUAUUGCAACUGUGUUUAAAAAUAAGUUAUACGACCGAUUCACUAAUUUAAUCAAUGUUAACAUUUCGGAAACUUGUGUUUUGUUGGAGCGUUCAGUUAGCACCUAUUUUAUUAGUUACUACACAAAUAAAUUAAAAAGUAGGUAUCUACAACAAUAUUUAUAAUGUUACAAUUUGUUAAAAAAUUAGAGAAUGAAGAAAAGCGUAUAAAAGGAUGAUUUAUUUUCUUUCAUUUCGACUAAGUAGGUACUGUACUUACAGCAAGAACAGGAAGGAACAAUAACAGAAACUUAUAUAUAUAUCUUUUAUUUUGAAUCGUUUUGAAUGAGAUUAAAAUGUAACCUAGAUCUCAAUAAUAAUACGAGUACUUAAUAUUUAUUAUCUUCCAGUUAAAUUGUAAAUAAAUAAUUAUAACUAUGAUUAAUUCCAAUACAAUUUGUAUGAAACAAAGAACUAUCAACAUUACAGUCAACAUCAAAUACUUAUAUCUGCUUUUUCUUUUUUGCAUAAAUAAGUCUAAACCAACAAUUGGAAAUUAUUUAUGGAAAUAGGUUCGAAACUUUAUUAUAUUACCUAUGCAAAAAAACUUAAUAAUUGAGCAUUGUUUGUUAGGAACGCGUUAAGUGUAAGUUGAAAGUGGUAAUACUUUUUAAAAAAGCUUAAAUAUAUUUAAAACUUUAAUUUUCGGAUUAUUUCUGUGCAAUAUGUUCAAUGCUUAUGUCCUGUUUCAUGAGUUAUUCUCUUUAGUAAAAGUAAAAUAUUCUUUAUUGUACACCAAAACAUAGAAAUAGAUUUUUGAACAAUAGGCGACCUUAUCGCUAAAAUAGCGAUCUCUUCCAGGCAGGUAUAUUUGAUAUUGACUGUAUUUCUUUAUUUUUAAAAAGUUAAACAAAUAUAUGGCGCAUGUGCUGAAAAGUAACUACGACACAAUGUAAAAAUGUAAUUAUGUAAAAGUUUUAAACGACUUGAAUAUGCAGUAUUAUAUUUUGUUACAAAUUGGUUUGGAAUCGAAUACAAUAUAGCGACGAAUUGUUUAAAAACCACAAAAUAAGUGACUCGCACUGGAUUUGCCUAAGUCCUUUCGUGUGCUAUUUAGUAUGGUGGAAUUAUACUUGGUUGUUCGUCUAUAUUCGGAUACCCAAAUGCCACUACACACACUGGGGCAUCCGACACAUUUUUAAAUCUUAAUACUGG